AUGCAUAGGAGUGAGAAGGACAAACGGUAUGAUAGACAGUUGAGGCUAUGGGGCGAUCAUGGGCAGUUUGCACUUGAGUAUGCCAAGGUGUGUCUUUUGAGAGCUGAAGGUUUGGGGGCAGAAAUAUUGAAAAAUUUAGUACUUCCAGGCGUCGGCAGCUUCACAAUUAUAGAUGAUUCCUACGUAACUGACAAAGAUUUAGGAAGCAAUUUCUUCGUUACAGAAGAUCAUAUCGGAAAGGCAAGGGCACAGGUUGUAACAGAGUCUUUACUGGAGCUAAAUGACGAAGUCAAUGGAAAUUACUUGGUCGAGGAUGUUCGCGAUUUGUUAGAAAACGACCCUCAAAUUUUCUUGUCCUUUGAUAUUGUUAUCGUAACAGAUGCCAGAGAAAAAUUACUCAUUCGUCUCAGUCAGCUUUUAAGUGGUACUUCUAUCACUUUGGUGGUAUGCUUCAGCAUUGGUGUCAUUGGAUAUUUAAGAAUCUGUUCUCCUGAACAUGUGAUAGUCGAGUCACAUCCAGAUUCCUAUUGCCCUGAUCUAAGACUUGAUCGACCAUUUCCUGAUUUCGUUAAAAUGGUAGACGAACAACCGUUAGAAGAAAUGACAUCUGAAAAGCUUUGUCAUACACCGUGGCUCAUAAUUGUUUAUGUUUUUCUGCAGAAGUUUAUUUCUCUACACGGCCAUUUCCCAAGAAAUCAUAAAGAAAAGGCAGAGAUUAAAGAUAUGAUUUCUAAAGGUGCGGUUGAUCUUUGGAGUCAAUUGUGUAAACGUGAGAAUAACCUGGAUUCAUCUUUUGUCUUGGAGAAUUUUCAAGAAGCAUGUCAGGCAGUCAAUACAGCAGUUCUACCGACUACAAUUCCUGAAAAUGUGAAGAAGUUACUCGAGGAUGACCGCUGUAAUGAUCCCUGUCUUACAAAUAUUGGUAUUUCGGGAUCCAGUAAUACAAAUCUAAAGUUUCCUACCAGGAACCACCAUCAAUUACACAGAAAAAAUUCUGUUUACACAACUAUUUCACCUGUAAAAUUCUGGCGUCUAGUUCGUGCUCUACGAGAUUUUAUUCAACAUGAAGGUGAGGGACAAUUACCUGUACGUGGUAGUCUACCAGAUAUGAUAUCUGAUUCGAAGCGUUAUUUACAGCUUUUGUCUAUUUAUCGUGAACGUUCUGAAUGGGCGGUGGAACGCCUUGCCUCAAGAUUAUUGCAAUUCCCUGAUAUUUCUGUAGACGACGUACGUCUUUUUGUUAAAAAUGCAAGCUUUUUGAAUGUUGUACGUUGUCGGUCAUUAGAAGAGGAAAUGAAACUUUCACCAGCGCGUUCAGACGAUCUGAAUUUACUCCCAACACACAAAGAAAAUGAUUCCAUGUUGUGGUAUUUAGUUCUUAGAGGUGCUAGUAGUUUUCUGAUGGAAACUGGACGGUGGCCUGGUAGCUCACAGCCUUAUACUACCACAUGUAAAUUCAGUUCUAACAACCAAAAUCAAAACUCAACUGGAAUUCCAGUGCCACAUGAAGAACAAUUCUCCGCUACAAAUUCUGAACAGUUAGACAUGAACAUCAUUGAAUCUGACUUACCAACGUUACGGAUACACUUAAAUCGUGUUCUCCAGUCGUUUGGGAUUGCAACGAAUCGUGUUAGCACAGAUUAUUUAGAGGAAAUGUGUCAGUUCCGUGGUAAUGAGCUGCAUUCAGUGGUUGCAUUUAUGGGUGGAGUUGUAGCACAAGAAGUUAUCAAGUUAAUCACACACCAGUUUAUCCCAGUAUCGAAGCCGUUGAUCUAUAAUGCUAUUAACGAGAAAAUAGAAUUGUUGGAUUUUUGA